AUGGUAAGUUGCCUCCGUCACCUCGACCCGUGGUCUCUCGAUCCUCACGCUGGAUACACGCCUCGGCCGAGGAGUCCGUUCCGGUCGGAUAUCGACCGCAUCCAAGCUGACCUCAUCAUUCACUCGAUCCCUCCUCUGCUCCCUUCCGCUUCACCUCGUCAUCGCGCCCGCGCGUCACCUCAUCACCAUUCUCAAUCACACCAUCACAGGCUAACGCUCCCCACGGUGGUGUCCUCAAGGACUUGCACGUUCGCGAUGCUCCCCUGCAGCAGCAACUUUUGGCCGAGGCCGAUGCGCUGCCCGAUCUCCUCCUCACCGAGCGCCAGCUGUGCGAUCUCGAGUUGAUCCUCAACGGUGGCUUCUCCCCCUUGGAGGGCUUUAUGAACCAGCAAGACUACGAGAGGUCAGUUGAGUUUUAUUUCGAACAAUUUUUCGCGUGCCGUGAUUCUUGGGCAGCAUCAGAAAGGCUGACUGCGCAAAACUGAAUGCGAACCCUUACGCGCGUGUCUUGGCACAUUCGUCGACUCGCUCGUCCUCCGAAUCGCGUUCCAUCAGCGUCGUCCAAUCGCUUCGACUUGCGGAUGGCACCUUGUUCCCCAUCCCCAUCACCCUCGACGUCUCGGACGAGAACAUCAAAGCCUUGAACAUUGCCCAGAACGCCCGCAUCGCUCUCCGUGACCCCCGUGACGAGCGGGCUUUGGCCAUCCUGACAGGUAAGCUUUCGACAUCUGGGAAAGCCGGCGUGCAGCAACGCAGUCUGAUUCAUAAUUUAUCAUCCAUUAGUCUCGUCGAUCUACAAGCCCGACAAGGUCAAGGAGGCCGAACUCGUCUUUGGUGCCAAUGACGCGACCCACCCUUCCGUCAGGUAUCUCCAAGCCAGCACCAAGGACAACUACAUUGGCGGUAAUGUCCAAGCCAUCCAAGUUCCCCAGCACUUUGACUAUGUUGCUCUCCGAUGUCUGUUCCUUUCGAAUCGGAACUGCUCGUGCUGGCGGAAUCACGAGCUGACAUUUUGUCCCUCUUUGUAGACACCCCCGCGGAGUUGCGAGCGUACUUCAACAAGCUCUCGUGGCGCCGAGUGGUCGCAUUCCAAACCCGUAACCCGAUGCAUCGAGCUCAUCGCGAAUUGACCGUUCGUGCUGCACGUCAGCAGAGGGCUAACGUCCUUAUCCACCCUGUCGUCGGUCUGGUGAGUGAUGUCCUGGUCCACAGCGAUCUGGGGGCUCGAGGCUGCCAUGCUGACGAUGUCUGCUCUCUUGUGCCUCGCAGACCAAGCCCGGAGAUGUCGACGCCUUCACCCGUGUCCGUGUCUACGAGGCAAUCAUCCGCACCUACCCCAACGGCAUGGCCGCUCUCGCUCUCCUCCCCCUCGCUAUGCGUAUGGGUGGUCCCCGUGAGGCCGUCUGGCAUGCCAUUAUCCGCAAGAACUUUGGUGCGACGCACUUCAUCGUCGGCCGUGAUCACGCCGGACCCGGCAAGAACUCGCAGGGUGUCGACUGGUACGACCCGUACGGAGCUCAGGACCUCGUCCGAGAGUACGCCGGCGAGUUGGCCAUUGAGAUGGUCCCCUUCCAGGUCAGUGCGACUCAAUCUUCGGAGAUCUUGGGGGCUCGACAGCUGAUCCCCUAGUUUUUGGCAUCGCGCAGAUGAUGAGCUACGUCCCCGCCACCGACGAUUACCACCCCAUCGAUGAGAUCGCCAAGGGCACCCAAACGCUCGACAUUUCCGGCACCGAGCUCCGCCGCCGACUGAAGACGGGCGCCCCCAUCCCCGACUGGUUCUCGUACGAUGCCGUCGUCAAGAUCCUGCGCGAGUCCUACCCUCCCCGGAACAGGCAAGGUUUCGUCAUCCUCUUGUCCGGCUUUGUCAACUCGGGCAAGGACACGAUCGCCAAGGCCUUGCAGGUCACCUUCAACCAGCAAGCCGGCCGAACUGUCUCGCUCUUGUUGGGUGACCAGGUCCGAUCCGAGCUCUCCGCCGAGCUCGGCUACGCCCCGGGAGAACGCCACAAGAACUUGCAGAGGAUCGCCUUCGUCGCGGCCGAGUUGUCGCGAGCCGGUGCCGCCGUCAUCGCUUCCCCCAUCGCUCCAUUCGAGCACUCGCGAGCGGCUGCCAAGCAAUACAUCCUUCAGAACGGUGGUGCCGGUGGAGGAACGUUCUUCCUGGUCCACGUCGCUACCCCCCUCGAAUACUGCGAGGCGACCGAUCGUCGUGGUGUGUACAAGAAGGCCAGGGCUGGCACAAUCACCGGCUUUACCGGUGUCGACAGCCCCUACGAGGUCCCUAACAACGCCGACUUGGUUGUCGUAAGUCAUAUGCAUCGGACACAGCACCUGAGGGGAUCUCGGAUUGAUGUCGUCUCGUCUAUAUACAGGACCUUUCAAAACAAACCCCUCUCGAGGUUGUCCACUCGAUCGUGUUGAUGCUCGAGUCCGAGGGUCUCCUCUAG